AUGAAUAUAUCCUUUGAAGGAGAGAAGGGCAAAGACCUGACUGAACGAGUAAUUUCAAAUCUGAAGGAAGAAGGUGUGAAAGAACACAACAGCAUCGCCUUAGCUCAAAAUGACACGGAGGACGACGGUGGCGAUAUAACAACUGUCGAAUGUGAAACAACCGCUCAGGUAGUCUGUACGAACUCCCUACUGAGGUAAGCGAGAUUAAAUUAAUACUAAACCAAGAUAUUGUCGAAACGAAAGCAGAGCUUCAACAAAUAAAGGAGAACUUUGCCGAACAGCUUGAUCAGCUAAAAGAACUGAGUUUGAAUGGUGGCACUAAAGUAACUGAAUAUUGUCUAACAAGCCUAGAAUAUGAAAACGCUACCCUUAGACAUGAAAACACACAACUUAGGCGCGAAAACGACUCUUUGAAAGAAAGGUUUAACAGUCGUUCUUAUAUGGUAUCGGAUCUAAAUAAGAAAAUCAAAAACAUUGAAGAUGAGAAAUUGAGUCUAGUCACUGCCCUUAAGCUGCUGCAAGAAGGCAGCAAAUCUAUAUCAUUAAAUAACAGAGAUGCAACACACAAUACAUGGCAUACCCCAGGGCACAGAGCGAGAACUAAUGUACAUAAUAUUUCUGCUAAUUAUGCAUGCCAAAAUAAAACUGCUCGAUCUGCAGCUGAUCUGAAUGCUCAAGAACCGAACAUAAUAACGCCAAAUAGAUUCGGUCUCCUGUCACAGAACAUGAUACAGAUAAAGAAUCAGAAGCUAAUGACGAAAUUGACCCGAGUGAAUCUAGCACUUCGACUAUUAGACAAAGUAGGUCAAGUAAUUUAA